AAAUUUUGCGAUGAGUUCCAUCCCUAUUAGUGUUGAUUAUAAUAAAGCGCGAAAUUUUAUGUAUUGUACCUAAUCAACAAAAAUGAGCCGUUCAAAUAAAAUGUUUGGCGAUAUUGCCUUUGAUUUGUUAAAGGAUCUUCAGCGAUCGUCGCAGACUAUACCAGGAUUCGACGAUGACGGUGUACGACAGGUACUUGAGGAGAUUAAGGCUAUCUUUGAGGAGAAUGUGGCCCAGGCAUCUAAUUACAACAGUUCGGGAGAUCGGAGUUUGUGGCCCCUGCUUAACUACAGGCAUGCUGCACUACAGCGAAAUAAACGAUGCCUGCUAGCUUACCUUUAUGAGCGAAUGCAGCGUAUCAAAGCCAUGCGUUGGGAGUUCGGACCUAUUAUACCUAGUGAUAUAAAACCGGCACUUUGUGAGCCAGAAGUGCAGUUUUUCAACAAUUAUUCUAAAUCUCUGGCCGCAUAUAUGCGUUCCGUUGGUGAUGGACAGGGCAUUGACUUAACUGGAAACUUACGACCACCAAAAUCUCUAUAUAUCGAGGUGCGUUGCGUUGAGAAUUAUGGCAAAUUUGAACUCGACGAUGGCGAAGUGGUACAUUUAAGGAAAAACAGUCAGCAUUACUUGCCCCGUGCACAGGUGGAACCGCUGGUACGUCAAGGCAUUCUGCAGCACAUAGCGUAAGGUAUAAAUAAAAGAGAAAUAAAUCAUC